ACUUCUUGUCUAGCUUGCGACAGUUGGGGCCUCCCGCGGGGGGCUACCGCACGACAGAAGCGAGACCUACAGAUGAGAAUGCACGGAUUGAAAUGAUGAAGGACACAUUGGAACUGAUCAGGCAAGCAGUAAAUCCCGCGAAAUAUCGCGCUUUUGUUCAAAUACUUGCUCUCCAUGUUAACCGAUCAGUAGAAUCAGAAGGAGAAACCACAAUGCAUCUCAAUUCUUCUCAAACAGCGUUUGAUUUGGUAACCACGGCAACACCGCUCGUUUCCCGCCUUAUGUGGCUUCUUGGAUAUGAGGACUGCGAGGAACAUGAUGUCCUAGUGUUGAGGAACGUCAGCGAACACAAAGCUACGCUAAAAGCGUUUCUAUCUGUUACCUCUGAGGACACGGAAAACGUUGGCAUUUCUGGAGAUCCUGCAAGAAACGUCUCCGCUAAAGAAAUAGGAAGCAGAGGGGCUCUAGUGGCUCAUCUGGCUUACCACUACCGUCUGAGAUGCUUCUUGCUCACUGUCCAGUCCAACCAACGGUGUAUCGCAUCCGUUGAACAGGAAAUCGAAGCGAGCAUGGCGGCAGUCGACGCAAUAGCGAUAGAACUCGGGAUCAUGCGCACAUCCGACGUAGCACGAAGUGUAUGGGAGACGAUAAAGGGAGAUAUUCGAACUCUUUGUAGGACAGGUUACACGACUAGCGACACAAUCGCGUCAGCGUUUGAAAAUAUGGACGCCCUAAUGGUUCGAGAAUUGGGGAACGCAAGAUGUCCUUAUAGUGCUGUCCAUCUAUUGGCAGUUUGUCAGAAUAUGGCGGCAGCAGUAGUGAUAACGUCACGCGGCGAGAUGCUAAUACGAGAGCAUGCGCAGACCUACCUGAUGACGUCAACAAAACUGGCGCCCAAUGCGUUUUCAUCCAAGUUCAUGACACGUUUAAAGGAAACUCAAGAAUUGGUACGAACGUCGUUUUCUCGGCAGCUCACCGGUGAGGAAAUAUUACACGUUAACAAGCUCUUAGUCUGGCAAGUCAGCAACUUUCUCACGAACUUGAAUCCCGCCGGAUUCGAAGGCGGCUUAGCGCACGCUAGCCUGGCGACCAUGGCGACAGAUAUUGGGCUAGACUAUUCAGCCCUAGUGGAGGCGUAUCACGCCGGUGUAUCGGUUGAGGAAAUGGCGUUGACAGCGUCCGUCCACCAGCAUACCGACUUCGCACCGCAACAGUCUAGAAACCGCCACACUCGCAGUGGACCGCAACGGUCUAGAAACCGCCACACUCGCAUUGGACCCCACCGUUCAGCUGUCCCGGAUAAAGCGCGACACCGUACCACAGCAAGUGCAUCCGAGGCCGCCGCGAAGACACCAGAAACGCGACAGCGAGACGGCAGCACGAAAGAAGAAGACGCGGUCUCGAAGUCAUCUACUACACAAAGAGAAGAAAACACCGAAUCAAAGGUCCGCCAUCUUUUGUCAAUUGUGACGUCAUCGGACGGUCCUCUAGAGCAUGUUGAUCGAGCGAGCCGCAAUCUCAACUCCAGCGACACUCAAACUGCUCUAUCCGAACUCGAAUCGCUCAUACGGGAAACGGAAUCGACGCGACAAAGACUCGAAACCGAAAUACGUCAAAUAGAGUACGUCUGCGCCAGAGAGAAGUCAAAAAAGAUUGUCGUUGAGACUCUGAAGGAGGCUGUCGUCAAAAUGCGGGAAGAACUGCGAAACGCAAGCAUCCUGGUAGGGCGAGCGAAGAGAGCGCGCGACUGCAUUCGCCCAUCUUCGUUGUGUCGAAUUCGAAAGCAACUGAAGGACGUGAAACUCGCGGAAUUAGUGACUUUUGCGUCUAGAAUCGUUGCCGAAGCGAAGCCGUCGCGAGGACGUAUGAACGGCUUGUUCCGUGCGAUUACGGAUUUUACUUCUCGACAAGAGCUACUUGGAGCGGCGGCUAGUGGAAACUGAUAGGAAGUUGCUGUAGCAACGCGAUGUAUUGAUAUUAAUUGUUAACUAUACGUUUUCCAUAUACUUGUCACGUGCAGUAGUCAAUACGGGAAAGCGUCUGGAACCGAGGCUACGGAGGUGGCAACGCGAUGUAUUGAUUAUACUCACGAUUCUUAACUUUCAGUGACGGAAGUUGCUGUAGCAACGCGAUGUAUUGAUAUUAAUCCUGAACCCCCGGUCACGAAAGUGGCAACGCAAUGUAUUGAUAUUAAACACUCGAGAUUCUUAACUUUCGGCACGAAAAUUGCUGUGGCAACGCGAUGUUUUGAUAUUAAUCGUACAUCGCAACGCAAUGUAAUGAUAUUAAUUGUCAUACUCAAUACAUACAUACUCAAGAUUCUUAAUUUCCUAGUUACUGUA